AUGGGGGCGCCGUCCCUGCUGCUGUGCCUGAGCGCGGUCCUCCCGCUGCUGCUCCGUGCAGACGAAUGCCAGAACAUCCGCUCGCUGACCGAGGCACAGCCGGCAAAGCAGCCUUUUGCCAUUGACUGCACAUCCCCUCUGCUGACCGCCGCAGCGCGUGCCACGUGGUACAGACACCCGAGCGAGGCCCCCGUCUCCACCGACCGGCAGGCCCGGGUCCACCAGGAGCAGAGCUGGAUCCUGUUCCUCCCCCUGGCCUGGGGGGACUCGGGGACCUACCGGUGCCUUAUAAAUGAUACAGACGAGUGUCACCAAGUACAUGUAAACCUCACUGUGUUUGGAAAAUACGGGUGUCGCAGAAACAGUCAGAGGAUCUUACCAGAUGGGCACGAGCAGAUCCUGCAUGUUGGGGGAGAUGACAGCCUCUCAUGCCAUCUGAACUUCCCGGAGAGUUGUGUCUUGGACUUGAACUCAGUAAAGUGGUAUAAGGACUGUAAAGAGAUUAAAGAAAAGCGGUUUGAAAAAUGGGGGAAAAGGCUGUUAGUGAACAAUGUCUCGGCAGAAGACAGGGGGAGCUAUGCCUGCAAAGCCAAUCUGACACACGCAGGGAGGCAGUUCACCGUGUCCCGGAGAAUCGCCGUGAAUGUCACAGAAACUGUUGGAUAUGCAGGAAGAUUCCCUAAAAUAACGUAUCCAAUAAACGAUACAAUUGAAGCACAACUUGGCUCCUCCCUCACUGUGAACUGCACCAUCACAGACUCCAGGGACAACACCAACCUGCGCUGCUGGCGGGUCAACAGCACCUUGGUGGACCACUACUACUCAGAGUCCAAGCGGGUCCAAGAAGGAAACGAAACCUGCGUUGUGUUUCAGGAACACGCUGUUUACACAGUUAGCAUAACCUUUUUAGAAGUGAAAAUGGAAGAUUACGGCUUUCCCUUCACAUGCCAUGCUGGCUUCAUGUCUGCGGCACACUUCCUGCUAAGGCCCCCAGCGCCGGACGGGCGAGUGUACCUGAUGGGCGGGCUGCUGGCCGUCGUGGGCGCGGCUGCGCUGGUCCUGUGCGCGUCCAGGAGGUUUAGGAUCGACAUCGCGCUUUGGUAUCGAAGUGCCUUCAUCUCCACCAGCCCCUCAGCGGACGGGAAGCUGUAUGAUGCCUACGUCUUGUACCCCAAGCCUCCCCAGGACCGCCAGCGCUCUGCUGUGGACACGCUGGUUCUGAGAGCUCUGCCCGAGGUGCUGGAGAGGCAGUGUGGAUAUAAGCUAUUUAUAUUUGGCAGGGAUGAAUUUCCUGGACAAGCUGUGGCCAAUGUCAUCGAUGAAAACAUUAAGCUGUGCAGGCGACUGAUCAUCAUCUUAGCUCCUGAACCGCUGGGCUUUGACCUGCUAAAGAACAUGUCAGAAGAACAGAUUGCAAUCUACAAUGCUCUCAUCCAGGACGGGAUGAAGGCCAUUCUGAUUGAGGUGGAGAAAGUCCGGAGCUAUGCCUCCAUGCCAGUGUCGAUCCAGUAUCUCAGACAGAAGCACGGGUCCGUCCAGUGGAGCGGGGACGCCGCAGCGGGGGCACCGUGUGCAAAGGCCCGGUUCUGGAAAAAAGUGAGGUACCGCAUGCCGCCCAAAAGGUUUCCACCGCCUUCCACGGCCAGCUCCGGAGCUCACGCCCUGUGA